GGAAGGAACGAGGGAGGGACGGGAACCCUGGAGGAGGAGCAGCAAGCCCGGCUGCAGAAUCAGCGGGUGCAGGAGCCGCCCGCGCGAGGCCACGUUUGUUUUUGUUAUUUUCCAUUGGAGUAGUUCUCUGGGACUGAGCGGGCCGCGAGCCGGCACCCCCCGACCUUCCAGGUGACAGCCGGUCACCCUGCUAGGAGUCAGCUCCGCCCCGAGUCGCCCCUUCCCGCCCACAGCUCUACUCUCCGCCCAGCCUUCCAGUGCCAGCGCUAGGCGAGCGCGCCGGCCGCAGCGGGCUGCAGGAGCAGCAGUAGGAGCAGCAGCAGGAGCAGGAGACCGCGGUUGCCCUGGUCCCGGACCCCGAGGACGCACGGGCCGCAGGAGGACAGACUGGCCCCGGGGCGCGAUCUCCAGGAAGGAGGAUGCGCGCGUGAACCUCAGCCAAAGCUGCAGCCGAAGACUCGGAGCCGCGCCCGGGAAAGUGUCGCAUGGGGCAGGGCCGCUGAAGCACCGACUUUAAGGGCUGGUGGCACCAAGGCCGGCGCGGGGGCCUGGGGCGACAGUUAGCAGUUUCCUCGGUUCCCGCACAGCGAGAGUUGGGGGCGCGGUGCCUUCGCUAGGCGCGAAUUAUGGAGUCGCCUAGCUGCAUUCAGGAUGAGCCUUUCCCGCACCCCCUGGAGCCUGAGCCGAGUGCCCCAGCGCAGCCAGGUGCCACCAAGCCUGGAGAAAAGCGCUUCCGGCUAUGGUACGUGGGAGGGUCUUGCUUGGAUCGCAGGACCACGCUGCCCAUGCUCCCCUGGCUCAUGGCUGAGAUCCGUCGGCGCAGCCAGAAGCCUGAGGCGGGCGGCUGCGGGGCGCCCGCGGCCCGGGAGGUGCUCCUGGUGCUCAGCGCCCCCUUUCUGCGUUGUGUCCCCGCGCCGGGUGCCGGGGUCGGUGGGGGCGCAGGCUCCGGGGCCGUGCAGCCCAACACGGGAGUGUUCAUCUUCGAGCACAAGGCUCAACACAUCUCGCGCUUCAUCCACAACAGCCACGACCUCACCUACUUUGCCUAUUUGAUCAAGGCGCAGCCCGACGACCCCGAGUCACAGAUGGCCUGUCACGUUUUCCGCGCCACGGACCCUAAUCAGGUUCCGGAUGUGAUCAGUAGCAUCAGGCAGUUAUCCAAGGCUGCCAUGAAGGAGGACUCCAAACCCAGCAAAGAUAACGAGGACGCCUUCUACAACUCUCAGAAGUUCGAAGUGCUCUACUGCGGGCGGGUGAUCGUGACCCACAAGAAGGCGCCCUCCAGCCUCAUUGAUGACUGCAAGGACAAGUUCAGCCUGCAUGAGCAGCAGCGGCUGAAACUGCAGGGCGAGCGAGGUGGCGACCCGGGGGACGAGAUGGGUGUCCUUGAGGCCGAGUCUCCUGUGUCUCCAGAUGACAGCCUGCCCGAGAAGGCAGAUGGCACAGUCAGCAGCCCCCGUGCCCUGUCCUCCCUGGCUGGCCUUCCUGCCUUGGCCAGCCAACCCGUACUAGCCAGCUCUCGGGUUUGCUUCCCAGAGAGGAUUUUGGAAGAUUGUGGCUUUGAUGAACAGCAGGAGUUCAGGUCUCGGUGCAGCAGUGUCACAGGCGUCAUGCAAAAGAAGGUUCAUGACAACAACCAGAAAACACAGCCAAGGAGGAGGCACGCAAGCGCGCCCAGUCACGUGCAGCCCUCGGACUCGGAGAAGAAUCGGACGAUGCUCUUCCAGGUCGGCCGCUUUGAGAUUAACCUCAUCAGUCCAGACACUAAGUCAGUUGUGCUAGAGAAGAAUUUCAAAGAUAUCUCCUCUUGUUCUCAGGGAAUAAAGCAUGUCGAUCACUUUGGCUUUAUCUGCCGGGAGUCUCCAGAGCCGGGGCUGAGCCAAUACAUCUGUUACGUGUUCCAGUGCGCCAACGAGUCUCUGGUGGAUGAGAUCAUGCUGACUCUGAAGCAGGCUUUCAGCACGGCUGCGGCGCUGCAGAGUGCCAAGACGCAGAUCAAGCUGUGUGAGGCCUGCCCCAUGCACUCUCUGCAUAAGCUCUGUGAGAGAAUCGAAGGUCUCUACCCGCCACGAGCCAAGCUGGUGAUCCAGAGGCAUCUCUCUUCGCUGACGGAUAACGAGCAAGCUGACAUCUUUGAACGGGUUCAGAAAAUGAAACCCAUCAGCGACCAGGAAGAGAACGAACUUGUGAUUCUGCACCUGAGGCAGCUCUGUGAGGCCAAGCAGAAGAGUCACGUGCACAUCGGGGAAGGGCCGGCGAUGAUCUCAAACAGUACGAUCCCAGAAAAUGCUGCAAGUGGUGGGAGAUUCAAGCUAGACGUUCUGAAGAACAAGGCGAAGAGGUCCUUAACGUCUUCCCUGGAAAAUAUCUUCUCUAGGGGAGCGAACAGAAUGAGAGGGCGGCUCGGAAGUGUGGACAGCUUUGACCGGUCCAACAGUCUUGCCUCAGAGAAGGACUUCUCGCCAGGGGACUCUCCUCCUGGGACACCGCCAGCCUCUCCGCUGUCCUCUGCCUGGCACGCCUUCCCCGAGGAGGAUUCCGACUCGCCACAGUUUCGAAGACGGGCUCACACGUUCAGCCAUCCACCUUCAAGUUCGAGGAGGAAGCUGAACUUGCAAGAUGGGAAGGCCCACGGCCUGCGGUCCCCUCUCCUGAGGCAGAGCUCCAGCGAGCAAUGCAGUGAUGGAGAAGGGAGAAAGAGGACCUCAUCCGCCUGCAGCAACGAGUCCCUGAGUGCUGGAGGAACCCCGGUCACUCCUCGCAGAAUCUCGUGGAGGCAGCGGAUUUUCCUCCGGGUUGCGUCUCCUGUGAACAAGUCCCCCUCAGCUAUGCAGCAGCAAAAAGAUGGGCUAGACAGGACGGAGCUGCUCCCCUUGUCUCCUCUCUCUCCCACCAUGGAGGAAGAGCCUCUCGUUAUAUUCUUGUCUGGGGACGAGGACGCAGAAAAAACUGGAGAAAAAAAGAAAUCGAAGGAGCUAAAGAGUCUGUGGAAGAAAGCUAUUCACCAGCAAAUCCUGUUGCUUCGAAUGGAGAAAGAAAACCAGAAGCUGGAAGCAAGAAGAGAUGAGCUCCAGUCUAGAAAAGUUAAGUUAGACUACGAAGAAGUCGGUACCUGUCAGAAGGAAGUCUUAAUAGCGUGGGACAAGAAGUUGUCAAAUUGCAGAACUAAAAUCAGAUGCGACAUGGAAGAUAUCCACACGUCCCUUAAAGAAGGGGUUCCUAAAAGUCGGCGCGGGGAGAUUUGGCAAUUUCUAGCACUGCAAUACCGCCUGAGACACAGAUUGUCCAACAAACAGCAGCCUCCCGACACCUCCUACAAGGAGCUUCUGAAGCAGCUCACAGCUCAGCAGCACGCCAUCCUUGUGGAUUUGGGGAGGACUUUUCCCACGCACCCUUACUUUUCAGUGCAGCUAGGGGCAGGACAGCUGUCCCUCUUUAACCUACUGAAAGCCUACUCUCUGCUGGACAAAGAGGUGGGCUACUGUCAGGGGAUCAGCUUUGUGGCUGGAGUCCUGCUUCUGCACAUGAGUGAAGAGCAAGCCUUCGAAAUGCUCAAGUUCCUUAUGUACGACCUGGGCUUCCGCAAGCAGUACCGACCGGAUAUGAUGUCACUUCAGAUUCAGAUGUACCAGCUGUCCAGACUCCUCCAUGACUACCACCGAGAACUCUACAAUCAUCUUGAGGAAAAUGAGAUCAGCCCCAGUCUGUAUGCUGCACCCUGGUUCCUCACACUCUUUGCCUCCCAGUUUCCCUUGGGAUUCGUAGCCAGAGUUUUUGAUAUUAUUUUUCUUCAAGGAACUGAGGUUAUAUUUAAGGUUGCUCUCAGCUUACUGAGCAGCCAGGAAGCACUUAUAAUGGAGUGUGAAAGCUUUGAAAAUAUUGUUGAAUUUCUCAAAAAUACAUUACCUGAUAUGAAUACCACUGAAAUGGAAAAAAUUAUUACCCAGGUGUUUGAGAUGGAUAUUUCCAAACAGUUACAUGCCUAUGAGGUAGAAUAUCAUGUGCUGCAGGAUGAGCUUCUGGAAUCUUCGUAUGCCUGUGAGGAUAGUGAGUCUCUGGAGAAGCUGGAAAGAGCCAACAACCAAUUGAAAAGACAGAACAUGGACCUCUUAGAAAAACUCCAGGUGGCUCAUACUAAAAUUCAGGCCUUGGAAUCCAACCUAGAAACUCUUUUGACCAGAGAAACCAAAAUGAAAGCUCUAAUCCGGACCCUGGAACAAGAUAAGAUGACUUAUCAAAAGACAGUGGAGCAAAUCCGGAAGCUGCUACCAGCAGACGCGCUGGCCAACUGUGAACUGCUGUUGAGAGACCUAACCCACCCAACAAAUGACAAAGCCAAGCCAGGAAAUAAGCCAUAAUUUCAGACAUGGCCUUAGCAGACAGCGUCCUUAAAAUUCCUGGAAAAAGGACCCUGUGUAAGGUCGACCAGAAAGCUGGUAGGACAGCUACUACUGGUGGUGAGAUCAUCAGUAGGCGACAUAGCUCUCCUCAGAGCACUCCCCUCUUAAGCCAUCGUGGAUAUCCAGACUGUAUUUCUUCUGCCGCUGUGUACAUCACUAUGUAUAACUGGACAUAAAGAUCCAUGCUUUAAAAUCAAACAGUAGGUGUGUAUUCCGAGCAAUUUUUCUUUUUCAGUCAGAACUUCAUGAAAUUCAAUCAAAGGGGAGUUCAAAUGAGAUUCUCCUUGGAUACACAUGAAAUCUUUUGGUUUUCUAGUGAAACAAAUCUAGAACAUCUUUGUAUAUUAAAAUAUACUUGAACAACGACAACAACAACAAAAUGAAUGUAUUUUCCCUUCCCCCAAAGACUAGCAUGCUUCACUCAGAGUGGUAGGCAGACACAUUUCUUUAGCUAUGUGCCUGUGUCUAUAAGGGACAUGACUGGCUUCUAGUUUCACUCCUGUGAGUCUCCUUGGAAGGUGGGGCUCUUCUGCCCUGUCUGCUGUGUGACAACCAGCACGUCUAACCUUCGAGGAUCUUGAGUCUGGUUAGGCCUUGCUUUAGACACACAUAGGAAGAAAGCAGGACACUGUGGCUGAGUUAACCCCCCUCAGGGUGAAGAGGACUGUUGCUAAUUUUCUAGCAGAGUAGACCAGCAUUGAUAUUCAAACCGAAAAUACCAGGCCUUCAACACACUGUUAAGCUCCUGAAUUGCCUAGGUAGCUUUUUGCCAUUUUAUUUAAGUGACUUCUGUAGCGGUAAAUCAAUUGCUUGGUGCUGUAUGUACCAAGUGAGAGGGUUUGCUAGUUUCUCACAAAAUUACGGGAGCAGACUAUGCAGUUCCUGAGACUUUUGGCUUUAGAAUAGGGAAAUAAAAUUAGGAUUUCCCGAAAACGAUAGACCAUGUCCAGUCGCUUUUCUAUUUUUUUUUUCUCAAUGACAGAACACAUUUUUAAUCAUCUCCCCCUUUUCAUGUGAAAAUUUAGAACUGUGAAAUAUUUAGGAACCAACCAUGUAGAGCACACAGGAAGGGACGGAACCGUCUCUGACCCAGGGAAAACCUACAAUUCUGUGUUCGGACUCCUGGCUUCUUCUGUGUACAGAUAGGUCACUGGAGAAUGUUCAUGCAAGCUGAGUGGGUAGGCAGCAAGUCAUUUUCCCAGGACGUCUUCAGUCCGUGCUGCAGAGACGAUUUUACAAUAGUGCCUCUCAACACUGAUGCAGCAUUUUUUUAUUUUUUAUUUUCUAUUUUUUGCCUUUGUCAACAGUGUUUACUGUCGCUGCCGCUGCUCUUUCAGCUCUUGUCUUUUUGCAGAUGGGUUACUUGGGGGUGAUUUUUCUCGAAGAGAGUUUAUUAUACACAAGAUGAAGGUUUAUCAUAGUGCUUAGGAGUCAAGAUGUAAUGUUUCCCAAGACACUGAAGUGGGGAUGCCAAGCAUCUAGGCUGUACCCCACUUGGAUGUCACAAGUCCCACAGGGUCAGAGUAUCCUUGGAUCUAGUGGGUUUUCUCCUAAAAAAGUCUUAUUAGUUAGGAGAGUUGAUGUACCCUCAGUCGAGCCAUUAGCUGAUCAGUUGCUUGGAUCUUCUGAAAAUGCCUUCAUUUGUAGAAUCCUCAUUCUCCUACCAGGACAAAGAGGGGUUCAGUGUUACUGUCUGGUGGCUGAAACUGCCUUGUGGGUGUGAUGCACAGGUGGUGACUGAGGCAUCCCGAUGUCGGGGGAGGAAAUCUGUUCUUCCCAUUUCUCCACUAAAAGUAAACUAUGUUCUGGAUGUUGGGAAUCAGCAGUAUGGAUCGUUUAUGGUAUUCAGUGAUUAAGACAAUGGAUAUGGUAUUUUCUUGUGAAAAUGAUUUUCCUUUCUCAUUGGUGAUUUUUUUUUUUUAAAAAAAUGUUACACCUGUUUUGCUUUGUAAUUUUACAUCUUCGGGUUCAUGUAACGUCUAGAGUCAUUUCCAAUAAAUAUGUUGCUGCCAUUUCCUGA